UGGAUAAGAGAGGAAAUGAAAAGAGAGUUUCCUAAAAAUUUCGAUGAAGUUUCGGUGUGGCCUCCAAAAUUUGAUAUUAAAAGGAUGGUAUGCUCGUCAUAUUCUAUGCCAUCAUCAACCCAUGUAAUAGGCUGAUCGCAGCACAAAGAAAAUCCUAAUGCCAUUACCAACCAACAAGUCUUACUCUUGCACAUUUUUCCAAUCUCUUAUCACUAUAAUAAUAAUAUUCUCCUUUCUUUUCUUUCCAUAACUAAGAUGAUGCUAAAGAUAAAGAGUGUGCAAACCAUAGUGGCAGGGCUAACGUUUUUGUUGGCCUUAUUGACCAACCUACUCUUGAAGCUACAGAGGCAGCACAACCGUAAGGCUCAGAAACUACAGACGAUGAUGAUGAUCAGAUCUGAAUUAGAUUCUUCUUCUUCGUCCGAGGUUGAUGAUGAAAGGUAUGGCCUGAGCUGGAGAUUGGCGGUGGAGUCAAAUAAUAAUGUGCGUCCAUGGAAGACGGUGCCAGCUCGUUGCUAUAAACAUGUUGAGAAUUACAUCCUUGAUGGACAAUACGAACUUGACAUGAACAUCAUCGUAGACGAAAUUAUUUUCUAUGCAAAAUCACAGAUUCCUGUUCCUAGUAAUAAAGAUGCUUGGAUAUUGGACGUGGAUGAUACAUGUAUCUCUAAUAUUCCUUAUUACAAAAAUAAGCGAUUCGGAUGCGAGCCGUUUGAUUCAACCAUGUUUAAGGCAUGGAUCAACAAGGGAAUGUGUCCUGCAAAUCCUGUGGUACUAAGAUUGUUUAAAACGUUGAUACAAAAAGGUUUCAAGGUGUUCUUGCUAACUGGUAGAUAUGAAGGAACCCUCGCUAAAAUCACUAUGGACAACUUACAUAGCCAAGGAUUCAUCGGAUACCAACGCCUUAUUUUGAGGAGGCGUGCGUGAUUUAUGGUGUGAAAAUGGAUUCUAGUAUUUAUGUGUUACGUAACUUCGUGGAAGCUACUACUGCUCUAUAAUAUGUCUGACGCCACAGAUUCAUUUUCAACAAGUACCAGACAACAUGCAUACGACUUUAAUUUCCUAAUUUAAUCACUAUAUGAUAAUAACAACACCCAACAUUGCACGUCUAUAGAGUAUUUUAUUAAAAUAUACCAAAUACUUAUAUUAAUUUGACAAAACCUAUAUACAUAAAUUAAACAAAGUAGACAACAAGAGACUUGGCCGGUUGGUUGGAAGUAUUAAAUAAAAAACAAUGGUCAAAAUUAAGCAUUGGCAUUUGGUGUGUGAAUUUAUUUUUAUAAACGGCUAACUAGUGGAAACAGGAAAGAAAUUUCCUCCAACAAAUAACAAUGUUGUGUACGCAUUUUCUUGUGGGAUUCUUUUUAUAUUGGACUAGUUCUGAAAAACACACACUAGACUUGGUCAGCUCUCGUAAAAGUCUAGGAUGUAAUGCUGCUGACGGUGCCAAAUUUGGCUUGAUUGCUUGCGUAUGUAAUGUAAAUUCAAUAAUCACUGCAUUUUGAAAGCUUCCUCUUAAUUUACUUUUUGGGAUUGAAAAAGUCUUAUCUAAUUGGUUUUGGUUU